AUGGAACAAGCUGGUGGGAGGAAGAGAGACAAAUCAACAAAAGAUGAUCAUUUACCUGUCGCAACGAAGGCUAAAAAGAGAUUGAAGAAGAGAGGUGAAUCUAUUGGAAGUGUACAUCCAUAUGCAAGUGUUGUCGCCAACUGGGUCCUCCUCCUCUUACUGUUGCCGCCCCUGGUCCUCCUCCAAUUGUCUCCGCCGCUCGUGGUUCUCCUCAAACUGUCGCUGCUGCUGGUCCUCCUCCGACUGUUGCAGCUGCUGCUCCUCCGACUUUGA